AUGGCUACCGCACAAGUCCAGUCUUACGCUCCGACUAAGGUCGUCAAGAGCGACUAUCCAAGAGUUGUUGGCUACGCCCGACCUUCGGACUACCUUCACGGAGCCGUAGCUGCCGCCUUUGGUCCGGCCGCUCUUCUCACCCUCGAGAAAUUCGCUCCUUCCCAUGUCGGCAAGGGAGGUAUGGCACAGGCCAUGCGACUGGCUGGUGCCGUUGGUUUGGCCGGAGGCUUCCUCUACUUCUAUCAGCGCUCGAGCUUACGAUUCUACGGAGCCACGGAAAACGCACGCGAGGUUGAGAUGGAUAUGAAGGAGAUGGUGGCCAAGGUCAAGGCUGGUGAGCCGCUCUACGGAGAAAGCAGGCUUACACCCCACAUGCAGGGUGUCGCGGCGCGGCAGUCGAGAUAUUCGGCCCUGUUUAUGGGUGUCGUGCCCUGGUUUAACUUUGUCAACCACAACCAGCAUGGCGUCGAUACAGCCAAAUAUUAUCAGCAGGCUGAGAGGGAGCUUGAGGCUGAGCGUUUGCAAAAGGGCAGCUCAUAA